UCCCCGGAAGUACAGUUAAUUUUUAUUCACAGGAACAAGAAGAGAAAACAGCUGUUGUUGGAAAAAAGAAAACGUCAAAAAUGCCAGCCCCAAAGAGACCAUCAUCUCCACUUGACUCACAGCCCAAGAUUCCAAAGUUGGACGACGAUGGCGAUGUUCUGCAAUCUCACACAGCACCAGCCGCCAUCAGUGAGUCUCUUAACGAAGCCAGUAUGCAAGACAUUACUGCAGUUCCUCGUGUCAAGAAAAAACUAUCAGAAGAGUUGAAUGAACCUGCCAAUUCAUCAAAUCAGCCACUCUCGUCUUACGACUCCAGCAAAACCAUUUCAUAUCCGCCUCACAAAAAAGCCAAGCUCCUCAAAGCCGCAAGUGCCUCCCCUGGUGAAGCGCCAGCAUACGCCUUCUCAACGUCUGAAGAUGAGUUUAGUCGGAUUGAUGGUAAAGUUAACCCUGCCACUCAGAGGGAUGACAUGGAUAAGUGCAUGUAUUCAAGCCAGGUUCAAGACCAACCCAAAACUGAGUUGGAAGUGCAAGUGCAGGGUCAGAGUUUGUCAGCUGUUCCGUCUGGCAUCACACAUGAGAUAAAAGAAGCUCCUCAGCCUGAGACUGACGCUCAGAGACGAGUGAGCUACAACAACACAACAGAAUCAAAUUUAGUGUCUGAAGCUGCGUCCUCUGACUUCACAUCUUUGGGUGCACAAUUCGAAAAAGCUGCUCAAGUAGCAUCCAACUCUGGGACAUUAUUGAAAGGAAUAUAUGCUGAAUGUGUCAAAGGUCAAAACAAUUCAUUGUUGGUGGAAAGCUUUUGUCCGAACAAGUCGAACCAAAGACUUGAACCUGAGAAACAGGACGAUGGACAUGUUGACAUCCACAACAGACCAGAAAAUGGGAUGAGUCAGAAAAGGGAGACCAUUUGUGAUGACAUUAGUCAGGAUACCAAAACAGAAGAGUGCCCACAGACUGGGGGAGCUUUGGUGUGUCAGAAAGAUGUUAAUGCUGUGGGUGGAAGCUGCAACCCAGAAAAUCAUUGUGAAGAGAUCGCAAUAUUGGAGUCCAGUAAAAUCCCUGAAGCCAGGGCUGUGUGUGAUUCCAUAACAGGCACUAGACAUGCGGUCGAAAAUCCAACAAAAGAUGGAACACUGGAGAAUGUUGCGAAUUUGACUAAAGAUUCCGAAAGUGACCUGCAAAGUCAGACAAACGAAAAUCUGCCGUCUCUAGAGAUUAAGUCGGCAGAGACGUUUGAAGAACAUCCAGCGACAGAAGUCUCUGAUGGAGCACAUGAGUGUGUUUGGAAGACUGCAUGCAGUCCCACUGAUGGUGUUGUGAAUUCGGAUGAACUUCUUGAUGUGAUGACUAAAAACCAAACGUGUACUGAUGAAUAUUUCCCAACAAGUAAUGAAAGCACAUUCAAGAAUCACACUGAGGUGGACCUACAGCUGAGUGUGGCAAGUUCUAAAGCAACAGAUGGAAGUCCAGAGGGUGGAAGUACUCAACCAGUGCAGGCCACUGUCAUCAAUUCAUGUGUUGAAGUCAGUGUUGUGCAUCCUGAAGAGCAACCUUGCCCAAGAGACAACAUAAACUCUCCCCUCAUCUCUGCUGCAUCAGUAGAAGUGCAACUGAUGAAAAAGACCUCCAGUUGUGCUGAAAUGCUAAUACCCGAUUCAAUUGAGACACCAGAGCAGUCUUGCAAAGCAUCAAGGAGUAACGACUGUCUGACAAAAGGAAACAAUGAGGAUGAUCUGACGGACACUACAAAAGGCCUGCUAAAGGAGGACGCAGGUGUGAGGUUAGAAGCAAAGAAAUUGGAAGAAGCUGUGUCAGCAAAUGGUCAAAUGAAUCUGCCAUUGCCUCACCAUAAUUAUCAAACACACACAGUCACUGCAAAUGCCACAGACACGGCCACCGAGACACCUUUCAUUGCUGUGGAUACAAGAAUUCUCUGUCAACCUGAGAAGGCAAGCAAUGAGGAGAUUCUGAAGAUGACUGCACCAGAAAACUCCUGUCCAGUACCUACUGUAGAUGUGCAAGUCGGGGAAAGUAAAGAACUAAACCCAGGCUGUAUAGAUGUUACUGAUGAAGAGCAAGUUGAAGAAGAAGUCACAUUCCUGGCAGAGUGUCCCAUGGCUCCUGAGGAUGGGAAAGAAAUGAACGACUUUUAUAAUGAACCAACAAUGAAACCCCCGGGAGAUGUUGAUGAUGAAGAGGCCAAGGACCAAGUCGUUCAAGCUAAUGAAGAGAUGAACUUCAUGGCACCUCCAACUGGAAAUGAAAAUAAUUCACACAAGACGUCAGAGAUGAGUGUUUAUCCAUCAAUGGCUGGGAUUCCUGGCAGCAAUCAAGUAAGCACCAGUAUGACGACAACAGAAGCAGAAGGUCCCCGCCAAGAUCUGAUGAACAGUCAGGAGGACUGGGACGACAACAAUGUACUAGUAAAGUCAGCUGCUGGACUUGGUAAUGGUUUGAUUGCCCAAAACAGUCAAAUCAACUUGAAAUCUGGAAGCAAAACUUCAACGCUCUCUGACCUGCAUCACACACCAGAAAUUCCCCAUCAUGUUGGAAAGGGAGCAGUGGAAGUUGCGCAUGAGAUUAAAACUGAAAAGGCUCCUCUUGAUGUAGAUGACAAGAAGGAGCUGCAGCAGUCAACAUCAGAGUUACCCACAGUCACACCCUCCUCAGAAUGUGACGAACAUCAAACUGUGCCAUCAACUGAUCUUCCAAAGGGUCCAUCAGAUGACGCGUUCCACCAAAAGUAUCGCCAGGCUCAAGCAGAUGCACCUCAAAUUGACAUGGAGAUGGAUUCCCAGACUACACAGGUGUCUUCUGAAUCAAUGAUGGAUGAGGAAAACCAAAGCAGAGGGGCGGUGAGUGGAGAAUGGGCAACCUCCAGGAAAGAGGUUAUCACUGAGAUGACUGGAGGUAGUGGCGUUGACAUGAGCGCUAUCAGUCCUGUGACAAAUGCCAUUGAUGAUGAAAACUCAAUGCCACUGCAGCAGGUCCCUGAACAGGCUGCUUGUGAAUCACAAAAGGACACGGAACCUGUAGAUUGUGAGAGUGUUGUAAUAUCAGUGGCUCGCAGGAACAUGGAGCCAGAUAUAGCACCUGUCUCAAGUUCGAUUGGAGUAUGUAACACAGAGGACGAAAGCACGCUUGGAAUGGUAAAAACACAGAUUGUACAAAUAAUUGCAACUCCUGUAAGUGAAGUUGUCAAUGAUCGUCCACCUCAACUACAUGCGGAGACUCUUGCUGUGCAGCUAGGAACCCCCAAUGAAGCCCAUUCUUCUGAAGACUACUUUUGUGACAGUAAAAUUACAACACACUCUGAGAAUCAAGUCGAAGAGGUUACAUCUAGUACAGCGAGUGCUGGAGUUGAUAGCGAAGCCAAGGAAAGCUCUGCAAUGUUUGUGUAUAACCUUGUCACAGCACCUUCUGCUAAACAAGAAACAAAUGAGAUGCAUCAGCUCCAUGAGCAUGCAACAUGUUCUGAACCGGUGACUUCUAGUUCAGCGAGUGGAGACAUUGAAGACACCAACCUUGCUAAUCUUCCUGAGAUUGAGACUCAAGCACAAGCUAAGGAGAAUCCUGCUGUUUCAAAAGGGCAGAAAACUCAAGAGUAUGUCAGUGAACUCUCCCAUGAAAGUGAACCAGUAAAGGAACAAUUGUCCCCGAGGAUUUCGGAGAUGGAUGGCGGUCAACGUGUGGAUGGAGUCAAUAUAGAAUUGGCUCCCUACCAGGAUGUUAAUUGUUCUCCCCAACCGGAAAUCAAUGAGAUAACUGAGCUUGCAUCUGGUAGAGAGUGUGAAGUGGACCCAACGAAUGCAGAAAGUCUUGAGACGGAUACCAAUGAACAUGUUCCAGGAGAUGAAGCAAAUAUGGAGGCAGAGGUGUCCUCUGCUCAUCUUCAAGAAAGUACCUCAGGGGAUGUUGUUGUAGCUGUAUUGGAUCCAACAAACUCAACCAGUCUGAGUCGGGAGGAUGUCAAAAUGUAUUCGAUCCCCACAGAAAUCUGUUCUGCUGGAAAAGUACCUGUGAUGCCAGAUAUCUGUGAGCAAGUUAUCGUUGCUGAUACGGUUUCAGUUGAGGCACCUUUGCCUAUGGAGGAGUCAGCUGAUGGAACAGAAGAAAGUAAUCAAAUGUUAAAGUCGAAUGUUGUUGACACUCAGGAAGGUAGGAGGAUUACAGAGACGAUGCCAUUGGAAACAGCAAUGCGUGAAGAAAAAGUGGGGACUGUUGUUAUCUCUGCUGAUACAAAUGAUCUAAAUAUUGGAGGACAAUAUAAAGAAGAAGAAGAAGUGUCUGCUUUAGUUGGUCCCAAAGUUGAAUCGUAUCUCCCUGAAGAGCACAGACCGGUGGAUAACCAGUCAACUUUUGAUACACUGGAGCACGAGAUGGUGUAUGAACCCAUAAGCAGUCCGGAAUGUGACAAAGAUGAAGAUGUUCCAAAAGCUAUUGAAAGGCAUGUUGGUGUGUCAUUUCUUGACAUACAGAGUGCAAGUGUGCAGAAGAUGCAUGAAGAUUCAACACCUGACUUGGAGCUAAUGAGCAGAGACGUAUCUAGUGAGAUGAAUCAAGAGCCCGCAAGUGAGACAGAGCAAAGGGGCUUAAAUUCAACAGGUGACGUAUGGAAAGUGAAUCAGGAUUUAGCAGGUGAGCUGCAGCAGAGAAACACUAUUGCAGCAACUGAGAUGCAUGCUUUACAACAGACUGAAGAUGAGCUGAAGCAGACAAACAAAGAUUCCACAAGUCAGCUGCUCGACACAAACCAAGAAUUAUCAAGUCAGAUGCAGUAUCUGUCUCAAGAAUCAACUACGGCCCCAAAGAAGAUCCAAGAAUCACCAGCAGAGAUGCUGCAAUUGAGACAAUCAAUUGAUGACAUGCCAGAAAUAAAGAAACAUGUGAUCGCUGUGAUGCAACCAACAAUCCAGCAUCCAACGCCAGAGGCACAACAUACAGCAUUUGCUUUUCCUGCUGACGCACAGGACUUUAUAACAGAUGCUGCUGAGAAAGAUGUGAACAGCCCGGAUCAGUCAGUUGAUGUGCAGCAGGUUAGUGCGGUGCAGUUAAUGAAUGAAGCAGCUAUUACUCAGGCAGAGGAGAUGACUGAAGGAUCUACGACUGAGGUGCAGCAGAUGACUGAAGGAUCUCCAAGUGAGGCACUGAUGAUGGAUGCAUCUACCACUGAGGUGCUGCAAAUGGUCGAAGGGUCUUCAACAGAAGUGUGCCAUGUGAUCGAAGGAUCUACAACUGAGGUGCAGCAAAUGGUGGAAGGGUCUACAACUGAGGUGCAGCAGAUGAUUGAAGGAUCAACAGCUGAGGUGCAGAAAAUGGUGGAAGGGCCCACAACUGAGGUGCAGCAAAUGAUCGAAGGAUCAACAGCUGAGGUGUUGCAAACGAUGGAAGGAUCCACAACUGAGGUCCAGCAGAUGAUUGAAGGAUCUACUACUGAGGUCCAGCAGAUGAUUGAAGGAUCUACGACUGAGGUCCAACAGAUAAUUGAAGGAUCUACGACUGAGGUCCAACAGAUGAUUGAGGGAACUACGUCUGAGGUCCAGCAGAUGAUUGAAGGAUCAACAGCUGAGGUGUUGCAAACGAUGGAAGGGUCCACAACUGAGGUCCAGCAGAUGAUUGAAGGAUCUACGACUGAGGUCCAACAGAUGAUCGAGGGAUCUACAGCUCAGGUGGAGCAGAUGUCUGUAGGAUCUACAACUCAGGUGCAGCAAACAAUGGAAGGGUCCACUACUGAGGUGCAACAGCUGAUCGAAAAAUUAGCAACUGAAGAACAGCAGAUUAGCCAGAGUUUUGAAACUGAGAUGCAUCAUCUAAACCAAGCUGUUACUGAUGAAUCUACUGGGAUGCAACUCAAAUCAAAUGAUGUGACAGCCAGUGGACAGGAGAUGAUUGAAAAGUCAACAGCUGAAGUACUGCAAGCAAACCAAGGUGGAUCGAAUAAUAUCAUGCCAUUAAACACAUGCGCUAUUGCUGAAGUGCCAGAGACAAGCAAAUAUGUGACCAAUCAGAUUCAAGAAAUAUGUGAAGGUCCAAUGCCCGAAAUUCAGCAAACUAACAAUGAUACAAAACCUGAUAUGCAGCCAGUUAACAGUGGCUCGGCCACUAACAUGCAACAGUUGAGUCAAGGCUUACCAACAGUGAUACCACAGAUGGACAGAGGAUUGAAAACUGAAGAUUCAGUAAGUGUGACGGAGCAAAUGAUCCAAGGCACUGCUGUUGAGGCACAUGAGAUAACUGGAGAUUCUUUCACUGCUAUACACCAAGUUGAUGAAACUUCAUCAGCUGGGUGCCAGAAGUUGAACCAAGAAACACCUGGUGGCACGCUGCAACUUAUCGGACAACCAGUGAGUGAGAUGCAGGAUAUGAACCUCGCAACAUCGGACAAGAAGCAGGAGGUGGAACAAGUUUCAACAACAGAGAUGCUACAGCCCAAUCAAGAAGCCACGACUGAGGUGCAGGAACUGCAUAAGGUAUCUAUAGUUGAAGCCCAGUCGAUGGCUGUGAGUCACACGGUAGAUGGGGAAACCCAAGAGCCUAUGGAAAUGGAGGUUGAGUCCACCAUUCCUCCAGAAAGUAAUUUACUUGCACAGUCAGAGAAAACUACUGCUGUUCUGGAUGCCAAAGAAGUUACACCUAAUAGUCCUAACAACAUGGUUGAAUCAACACAAAGUGAAUUGUGUGAGUAUAUUUACCCCCCAGGUGUGUCUUCAGAGUUUCAAGAGCAAAGCGAAACUACACAUAUUUUACCUGACUCAACAUCAGAGCAGUAUGUGAUCUUGGAACCAGUGCCAGACAGUCAAAUCCACUUUGACAUCAUCACACAAGCUGCAGCUGAAUCUGGCCUGUCUGAGGAGUUGAAUGCUCCUAGCGAUUCUGUGGGAGGAUUGGCUUUGGAAGAUCAGCAAACCUGUGUCCCAGAUGCUGAUGGUGAGCAGCAUCGAACCUCAGAUGACAUUGGAGAGACGAUGGCACCUGAAAGUCAGAGUGCAGCGGCACCAAGUGAAAUUCCUGUGUCAGCGAUUGCAGAAGAUACUAUUGAUCCGAGCAACCAACUGCCCAAUGUUGAGGUGCAACAAGAAGAGGUGCAGAUGAUGGAGUACAUUGAAAUUGGUCGUGAGAUUGUAGUUGCAGAAGAGGACAACGAGGAGGACAGUGACAUAUCAAUAAUAGAAAAACGACCUGAACCGACACCAGAGCCUAAACCUGCGGAACAGAUUACAGAAACCAAAAGUGACACCGCAAGUACAAAAACAGAAAACGGCUCAGUCAUGAAGGUAGACACUGAGGAAAAGGCUCCCGAGGUGGAGAAACCCAAGAAACAAGAGAUGAACACGCAAGCCAAAACUAAAGCUCGUCUGGCAGCUCUCGCCGAGCAGAAGGCAGCUGCCUCAAAGAGGACGCCCAACAGGCAGCAGUUGAACCUCCUCGCUCUUUGUCAGGAGAUAGCAGAUGACAUUGCUACAGACAGCACGCUGUUGAAGAGAAUAGAAGAGGAAAAGAGAGCUGCGAGCAAAGCUGACACCGUCAAGAAGCUGGAACCUGUUCUUCCUCAGGAACCUGCUGCAGUCAAUGUUCAGCCUCCUGCUGCACCAGAAUCCGACCCGGUGCUGCCACCACCUGCUGAGGAGACAGCCGCAGAACAACCUUCAACUGCUGACUCGGCUGAACCCAAGCCUGCCGCAGAUGCACCCAAAAGACGAUUCUUUGUCAGCCAGGUCUCAGUGCCGCUGAAGGUCUAUGAGAAGAAAAAGCUAACACGAUAUCAGAGGCUGAGACAGGUGGAGCUACAGAGAGAGAAGAUGUCAUGGGCGCGCAUGAAGAAGCUCAAGUCAGACCAGGCCAAUCAGAUGUUUUCCGACAUGGACUGGCAGUUGCCCCUGACUGUGCCGUCGCCCUUCACUGUCAAUACUGUGACUACAGCAAGUCCUUCUCCAACGCCACAGCCAACUUCUUCUACAAGCUGCAAGCCUGCAACACCUACACAGAAAGAGCCUGAGAUCUCAAUCCCAGAGCCUCUAGAAAAAGAAACACCUAAAACCGAGGUUCCCCAGCCAGCCAGUACAGAAACCUCUAAAGAAAGCCCCUCGAAGACAGAACCUUCAAAAGUGGAACCUGCCAAAAUUGAGAUUGCACCGCCCGUGGCCCCAAACACAAGAACAACGAGACAAAGUACCAGGGCCAAAAGCGCUAAGAGUGCUCCUCCUCCGACUCCUCCAACUCCUACUCCUCCUUCGAAGCCUGCCCCAAAGGUCACCCGAGGGUCAGGUAAAAGGACACUUCCUGCUGUACCGCCUCCCAUGCCCAAUGGUGUAAAUGCUAAGAAAACAGGACCUAUCGAAUACAAACCAUAUAGGCCACGGCCCAAGUAUUCACCAGAUGAUUUUGAACUGGAUGAUGAUCCCCUCCCUGUGUCUGUGAAGCCCACUCAUGUGCCCAGACCAACACAGCAGAAAACCCAGUUCAGUGCCACAGCCCGACCAGCCACACAUCCUCCAACAGCCACACAAAAUCUUUCGAAGGUCACGUCUCCAACUGCUCCUGCUGGGCAGGUAGCAGGUCAAGCAAAGACUACAGCGGCCACUGUCCAGUCAAAACCAUCUGCCUCACCAACUGUUGCCAGAAUGGUGAAGUCGAAUGUCGCGGCUUCAGCAGUCACCAAUGCGACUGCCUCAUCGAAACCGGCACCGUCACCUCAGCUUAGGUCACCAGCUCAGAUAAAAACUACUGUGGCUCCAACACAGGCCAGGAAUCCUGCAUCUGUUUCAACAUCGUCAAAUGCUGCUUCAGUAGAAGCACCUGUAAAGACAGUGACCGGAGAGACGGCCAAGCCAGCUGCGUCUGAGCAGAAACUGGCUGACUCUGAGGCUAGUGUUUCUCCAGCUCCUCAAGAAAUACCCGCUCUGGCAUCAAAGGCUGGCGAAAGCAAGAGUGAAUGCGACACACAAACUCCUCCAACACCGCUGCCCCCAACAGACUGCUCAGAGUUACCGGAAAAUACCCCGAAACAAGAAGGUAACUCAGCAGAGCCUGAUGCUACUGCACCAGCUGAAACACACCAGAAACCAGAGACGACAUCUGACACCACUGAUGAGCUAAGCAGUGCAACAACAAGAGCACGGGAUGGAGAGACUCCUCUCUCUGACGCCGCUCUGCAAAAAGAAGUGAGGAAAUUAAAAGAAGCCGAUAAAGACAGCUCCCAAACAAUCAUCGAUGCUGGACAGAAGCACUUUGGUGCUGUCGCCUGCAAUGUAUGUGGGAUGCUCUACUCGGCUGCAAACCCCGAAGAUGAAUCUCAACACUUGCUCUUCCACAAUCAGUUCAUCAGCGCCGUCAAAUACAUUGGAUGGAAAAAAGAAAGGAUACUGAAUGAAUUUCCUGAUGGAAAAAUAAUUCUAGUGCUCCCAGAUGAUCCUAAAUACGCUAUAAAGAAGGUUGAAGAGAUCCGAGAGAUGGUGGACAAUGACCUUGGUUUCCAGCAGGUGGAGACCAAGUGCCCUUCUAAGACCAAAACCUUCCUCUUCAUCACUAACGACAAGAAAGUGGCAGGCUGUCUCAUAGCUGAGCACAUUCAAGAAGGCUACAGGGUAAUCGAGGAUCCUGCUCCAGAGGGUUCUGAAAGAGAAAAGGUGAUGUUUGAACGGCAGAGAGCCUGGUGCUGCUCCACCAAACCUGAGCCAGCCAUCUGCGGCAUCAGCCGCAUCUGGGUGGUCAGCAUGAUGAGGCGCAAGGGCAUUGCCUCACGCCUACUGGAGUGUCUUAGGAACAACUUUAUUUAUGGUUCCUACCUGAGUAAGGAUGAGAUCGCCUUCUCCGACCCGACGCCGGACGGGAAAUUAUUUGCCACACAGUACUUUGGCACCUCUCAGUUUUUGGUGUAUAACUUUGUGAGCGGAACAAAGUCUCCCGCCCCAAAGACGGCAUCAGUAUGACGCUGAAGGACGAGCUCUGCGGACGAUGAAUGGCCUCAACCUAAAUUUGCAUAAAAAUCUGUGUAUAUCUACAAAUUGGUUUCAAUCUCAGGAUGUGAACAACACAACGUUGUUUUAUUUCAGCUGAUGCAGCCUUUUUGAUUUAUGUAUCCUUUAUUAUCAAGUAUGUAUUAUUUUGUAUUGAUUUUAGAACACCCCACUAAUCACUCCUCGCGUUAUAUAAACUAUGUUUCGACAUUUAAACUCUCAUAGUUGUGUUCAAGCAACGCCAAUUUUAUAACCGUCUUCUGUCACGAUUUAUUGUAAUGUUUCAAAUAUAUCAUCUGAAAUGAUGUGUCUCUUGCCUGACUGAAGAAACGUGAGUUAGUUUUGUAGCGUGGGCAUUAAUCAUGUGCUUUACUUUCUCUUGGAGCCAUAUCCUGGUUAUGAGAGCAUGUACUGUUGUUUUUAAUCACACCAUAGCUGUCUUCUUCGUUUGUGCCUGAAUUGAUGUGUGACAUGAAAUUAUGUUCCGGCCAUAUGUUGUGUAAAGCUUUUUUAACCGUGUUAGUUACACCACAUUACCUGUAAAUCUUCUUAUGUAGAUUCAUGCAUACAGCAUUUUUAAUAUCCCUAACACUUGUUUGAUUUCACUAUAUUCUCACACGACUUUGCUUUUGCCACAUUACUGUUUGUCUUCCUUCUCAUUUUAACGAUUGCUUUCAGACAAAUGUGCUGUCUAAAAUGAUUUAUA